AGGAGAAGAUUCAUUUCAAGAAUAUCUCCAGGAUUAUUCAGGAUUCGAGCACUGCAAGACAAUGAAGGGCCAAGAAGGCUGGUUGACAUCAUUCGAGUUCUACCAGAAGUAUCUAGGAAUUACUUCAGAAGCCCUUCUCGGCGAGCACUUUUUGGAGGUAUAUUUUUGGGUGGUUUUUAUGUUGCACAGACAAUUUCCCUCUCUUUUGGAGCUUUAGGAGUUAAUGAUGUAAUUGCUGCUGUGGUAUGUGUUCUGCUCACAGAGUAUGUCACUAAAUUUUAUUACAGCCGACCUAAGGUGACAUUCCCUAUUGCACUUCUGAACAAUUUCAAGAUGGGAUUCACGUAUGGGCUCUUCAUUGAUGCUUUUAAACUUGCGAGUUAGAUCUCUGUCCAAUUGAAACUCAUUAUGUCACAAACAUUACCACUUGUAUGAAGCAUAUCAUUUAUUGCAGUUGCUUUCUUGAAUGUCUUCCA